UUCCUUUUCCCUCCCAGACCCUCCCGGAGGAGAAUGGCUGCAGAUAACGCCUCCUCGGUGACAGAGUUUAUCCUCUCGGGCUUGACAGACCAGCCAGGACUCCAGCUGCCCCUCUUCUUCCUGUUUCUCGGUUUUUACAUGGUCACUGUGGUGGGGAACCUGGGCAUGAUCACGUUGAUUGGGCUGAACUCGCACCUUCACAUUCCCAUGUAUUUUUUCCUCUUCAACUUGUCCUUCAUAGAUUUGAGUUUCUCGACUACCAUCACCCCCAAAAUGCUGAUGAGUUUUGUCUCCAAAAAGAACAUCAUCUCCUAUGCAGGAUGUAUGACUCAGUUAUUUUUCUUCUGUUUCUUUGUGUUUUCGGAAUCCUUCAUCCUCUCAGCCAUGGCAUAUGACCGCUAUGUUGCCAUCUGCAAGCCACUGUUGUACACGGUCACCAUGUCUCCGCAGGUGUGUUUAUCUCUCUUGCUGGGUGUCUAUGGGAUGGGGAUUUGGGGGGCUUUCGCUCAUACAGGAAAUAUAAUGUUUCUGACCUUUUGUGCUGACAACCUUGUCAAUCAUUAUAUGUGUGACAUCAUUCCUUUCCUCGAGCUGGCCUGCAACAGCUCUUACAUAAACUUGCUGGUGGUCUUUGUUGUUGUGGCCAUUGGCAUUGGGCUGCCUAUUGCUACCAUUUUUAUCUCUUACGGUUUCAUUCUUUCCAGCAUUUUCCACAUUAGCUCCAUUGAAGGCAGGUCCAAAGCCUUCAGUACCUGCAGCUCCCACAUAAUUGCAGUUUCUCUUUUCUUUGGUUCAGGAGCUUUCAUGUAUCUCAAACCGCCUUCUGUUUUACCCCUGGACCAGGGGAAAGUGUCUUCUCUGUUCUACACCAUUGUGGUGCCCAUGUUGAACCCCUUAAUCUACAGCCUGAGGAAUAAGGAUGUCAAAUUAGCCCUGAAGAAAUCCUUGGACAGAAUUACUUUCUUUUGGAAAAGGAAACACAAUGGAUGA